ACCCGUCUCCAGCCCGAGCAGGAAGCAGCGCAGCAGAGCCGCUCCUCCGUGUUUCUCCCCGCGACAUGUCUCCUCGGCCCUCCGGGGCCUCGUCCCGCUGACAGCCCGCCGCCUGGAGCCCGCGGCGCCGGGUCAUGAGCCGGCGGCCCCGGCCGUGACUUCCCCCUCGGAGCCCCGUGUCGCGUCGGGCUAGCUCGGCGGCCGCUAGCCGCGGCGGCGUUCAUCCGGAGCGGAUUUAACGGCGGCGAUGAUGCAGGGAGAAACCGCAGCGAUCCGGAUCACCGACGGCGAGGCCAAGCUGGAGGUCUUCCCCCAGAACCGGACCCCCAGCUCGGGGAGGGCCAGCGCCAAAGGCUGGCAGUACAGUGACCACAUGGAAAACAUCGAUGGAUACUUGAUGAAAUACACGAACCUGGUGACGGGCUGGCAGUACAGGUUCUUCGUGCUGAACAACGAGGCCGGUCUGCUGGAGUACUUUGUGAACGAGCAGUCGAGGCCUCAGAAGCCGCGCGGCAUGCUGCCGCUGGCGGGCGCCGUCAUCUCGCCCAGCGACGAGGACUCACACACUUUCACUGUCAACGCCAUCAGUGGGGAGCAGUACAAGCUCCGGGCCACGGACGCCAAAGAGCGGCAGCACUGGGUCAGCCGGCUGCAGAUCUGCACGCAGCACCACACUGAGGCCAUGGGCAAGAGUAACCCGCCGCCAAAGUCCCGCAGCUACUCCAUGGCGUCCCAGGGCAGCGGCAGCUCGCCCAUGAGCCUGCGGCGGACCAGCCAGAACCCCGCCUCCCUGUUCGGCUGGUCGCAGCUCCACAAGGGCUCCUCGCUCUACUCCAGCAAGAGGUCGCUGCUGCCGGACCACCUGAUGGACGCCCGAGAGAUGAUGAGCCAGGCCCAGGGCCAGCACCGGGACCUGAUCCAGAACAUCGAGGGCCUGCCCGCCGCCCCCGGCCUGUCCCCCCUGGACCAGGACCUGCUGAUGCUCAAAGCCACGUCGAUGGCCACCAUGAACUGCCUGAACGAAUGCCUGCACAUCCUGCACCUGCAGCAGGUGGCCCGGCAGAGGGGCUCGCUGGGAGGCCCCACCAUCGAGUGGCUGGAGCCCAAACUGCCCGACAUCCUGAAGAACGGCAGCAGCUCGCUGGGCAGCUUCGCCGGCGCCGAGGGCCCGCUGGAGGGGGGCCGCCUGGAGCUCAGCAGCCCCGAGUCCGGCAGCUUCCCCGGGGAGCAGGAGGACAUCGACGCCGAGGACGAGCUGGAGGACUCCUUCUCGGAUAAGGAGGAGGACCUGGGAGCGGUGGAGGAGGAGCGCAGCGUCAUCCUACACCUCCUGUCACAGCUCAAGCUGGGCAUGGACCUCACACGGGUGGUCCUUCCCACCUUCAUCCUGGAGAAGCGCUCUCUGCUGGAGAUGUACGCCGACUUCAUGUCCCACCCGGACCUCUUUGUGACGAUCACGGACGGGAGCAGCCCUGAGGACCGCAUGGUCCGCUUCGUGGAGUACUACCUCACCUCCUUUCACGAGGGCCGCAAGGGCGCCAUCGCCAAGAAGCCCUACAACCCCAUCAUCGGCGAGACCUUCCACUGCUCCUGGAAGGUCUCCAAGGAGCCCCCCCAGGGGGACCCGGACCCCCCCGCCCCCGCCGCCGCCGCCGCCCAGGACUUCUACCAAGUGCGCUUCGUGGCCGAGCAGGUGUCCCACCACCCGCCCGUGUCCGGCUUCUACGCCGAGUGUCCGGAGCGACGGAUGUGCGUGAACACGCACGUGUGGACCAAGAGCAAGUUCAUGGGGAUGUCCAUCGGAGUGUCCAUGGUGGGCGAAGGCUGUCUGUAUCUGCUGGAGCACGACGAGGAGUACACCUUCACGCUGCCCUGUGCCUACGCCCGCUCCAUCCUCACCGUCCCCUGGGUCGAGCUGGGCGGCAAAGUCACCAUCAACUGCGCCAAGUCGGGCUACUCGGCGGUCAUCACGUUCCAGACCAAGCCUUUCUACGGCGGAAAGUUACACAAGGUGACGGCGGAGGUGAAGCACAACGCCACCAACGCGGUGGUGUGCCGCGUGCAGGGCGAGUGGAACGGCGCGUUGGAGUUCAGCUACACCAACGGAGAAACCAAAGUGGUGGACGUCACCAAGCUGCCCGUCACCAGGAAGUGCGUCCGGCCAGUCGAGAAGCAGGGACCCACGGAGUCCAGGCGCCUGUGGCAGCACGUGACCGAGUCCCUGCGGCAGAAGGACAUCGACAAAGCCACCGAGCACAAGCGCAUCCUGGAGGAGAGGCAGCGGACGGAGGAGAGGCACCGCGUGGAGACCGAGACGGCGUGGAGGACCAGAUACUUCGACAGAGACGGUGAAGGCUGGGUGUACCACAAGCCUCUAUGGAAGAGCUCUGCCGUCAAGUCCUAGUGUCCUCUCCGCAAACCCUGGGAUGUGGAGUAUUCCUGUGUGUGUGUGCGUGAGCGUGAGUGUGCGUGCGUGCGUGUGCGCACGUGGUGGACCUGCCGGCUGGUGUGCCGUCUGCGACGCGGUGGAUAAGUGGAGGUGCCCCGCUGUGAUGACGGACGUCUGUGAAGCUGACGGCUCCUUUCAGGACACAGAAACCCACACGGGGGGGGCGGGGGGGUGCGUUUGAUUCGCUCACCUGCAGAAGCAGCGGCUCAUCUCACUCGAGCGGCUCCUCUUCCGGUGGCGGUUUACAGGAAUCUCUCUUCACGCUGUUCAAACGGGUGAUUUUUAUCUGCAGACCUCUCUGUUCGGGAACAUUUGAAGCCGAUGUGAUGUGAUGUCCACAAUGUCCACAACAGGACUUUAUCUGAGGACUGGAACUGGAACCACCUGUGGGACGGUUUGGGCCACUUUUAGGAUCAAGAAUAAAGACUUACCAUGAAAAUAUAUUGAAGUUUUUCACAAUUGGAAGUUUCACAUCAAGCCGAGUAAAAAUCUCAAAUAACACAACACGGUGGAAAUCCAGGGGGAUGCUACUUUCACAUGUCUAUUGUUGAUUGUGUCAGGAUAGGAAAAGGUGUGUUUAAUUUGCAGAAACGUAACUAACGAGCUGAAAUUUAAGAAUUGAGGUUUAAGUUAAAACCAAGUUUAAACCAAGCUGAAGUUGUGAAUAUUUACAUGUGUGAGAAACGGGCAAAAUUCUUCCAUUUUUCAUGAACCUUGAUAUAUACUCCAGGCUGAAGGCAGUCAUCCCUCAGUGAGAUGAAAUAAAAAAGAUAAAGUCCUAAAUAAGAGCAAAUUCCUUCACUGAAAAUCUAUUUGUGACGAGCUGCAGGAGGUUCGACACCAGUUUCAAAAACCACUUAUAAAACAUUUCCGGUGUGAACGCUAGUGGAAAAAACGUCUAAGAUUUGUUGAAAAAUGAAUUCAAAACCACUUUGAAACCCAUGUGCGGUGAGAAACUGGUAAAACGGCGAGAAGCCCGUUCAGCUGGAGUCUGAAGGUCCGUCAGAAAUGAGUUUCUUUGUCCAGUUUGUCUGACGUGAAAUUAUUCACAAACCUUUUGACAUCGAUCGUCAGAUUUAACGCUGAUGUGCUGCUGUCGGGCGAGAAGCCGCGAGCCCGUUGCCCCGGUAACGCUCUGAGGUCUUGCGUGGGUUUUGGCGUGUGGGUUUGCGGUGUCGGGACGAGUCUCUCCGCUCGCGUGUUUAAGUUUCCUUUCCUGCGCUCGGACUGAGGAAAACCUCCAUGAUGAACUCCUCCCUCCACGUCUCGGUGCCUUACUCGCCUCUGUGUGUGUGUGUGUGUGUGUCUUCCAGUUAGAGGCCUGACGUGCACGGCGUCGACUUGGGUCAUUGUGUGUGUGUGUUUUGGUUCUUUGUGUUUUAGUGCGGGCACGCUGUGGAGAGACAGAGCUCCAUUCUGAUCUGUGAAAUGCACUGAAGGAAACGACGAUGCAGAGAAACAAAUAUGACGAGUGUGAUGUCAAUAAUCCAAUAAACUGCGUAUCGCUUGAAAACUG